UUUCACUUUCGGAUUGCCCAAUCAAACCCGCUGUACUUUAGCAGGUUGAGGAGCAGUUCACAUUUGUAAACAAGACCGCAUGGAAUGUUUUGAAAGAAUUUUUCAGUUUGAAGAUAUAAUUAGAAAUGAAAAGAAAACAGUGACAGUUACAGAGGUUAUGCAACCAAGCUAUGGUUUGUAUGUAUGGCCAUCAGCUCCAGUGCUAGCCCAAUAUAUAUGGCACAAAAGAGAUCAAAUAAAGGGAAGAAAAAUUUUAGAGCUUGGGUCAGGCACAUCAUUACCUGGAAUCCUGGCCGCGAAAUGUGGAGGCAAUGUUACGCUGAGUGACAGUGAGGACCUCCCUCAUUGUCUGGAAAACUGCAGAAAAUCCUGUCAGGCCAAUGGUCUGCUGGAUAUUCCAGUGAUAGGGAUCACUUGGGGCAGGUUUAAUGAAGCUUUGCUUGAUUUGCCACCUGUUGAUAUCAUCCUUGGCUCAGAUUGCUUCUAUGAUUCUAAAGACUUUGAAGACAUUAUAGUAACAGUCAGUUACUUGAUCAAACAAAACAAGGAUGCAGAAUUUUGGUGCACCUAUCAAGAGAGAAGUUCUAACAGGACAGUUGAUGUAUUGUUGUUAAAAUGGGGACUGGAGUGCGAAAUAGUAAGCUUGGACUCUUUUGAUGCAGACAGUCCGACUUUGUGUGGAUCCAAUCUUCCAGGAAACCAUACUAUCCACAUGUUUAUCAUCAGAGCAGACAGGAGAUACAAAGAAAAAUGAUCCGCAAUCAUUAUGACAGUUGGUGUCCAAGAACAUAAAUAUUUCCUCUAGCUCAAUACAUUCUAAGACGUCAAGACUUGGAAAAGCAGUUCUGUUUGGACCAGAAGAAGGCCGAGUAAAGACACGAUUCCAUUUAAUAUGUUAUUAUUAAAAUGAAUGAAACCCACAGUAUUUAGAGAUAAGUUUGGAGACAUUUAAGAA